UCCUCUCGUCCUUCCCCCUGACCAGCUACACUACUAGGCUUGACUCUCCGGCGGCACGGCGCACAACACAAUACUCUGACAGCUGCGACUGACUCACUACCGAGGGGUGGAAGAUGGAGCAUGUAGACGCCGGCUUCAACAUAUUGUUAGCGACCGACUCAUACAAGGUAACACAUUACAAACAGUAUCCGCCCAAUACGAGUAAAGUCUACUCCUACUUUGAGUGCCGCGAGAAAAGGACAGACCCCACCAAAAGCAGAAAAGUCAAAUAUGACAAAACCGUCUUCUACGGCCUACAGUACAUCCUCCACAAGUACCUAAAAGGAAAGGUCGUGACUCCAGAGAAGAUCCAGGAGGCGAAGGAAGUAUACAGAGAACACUUCCAGGAUGAUGUCUUCAACGAGAAAGGCUGGACUUACAUUUUGGAGAAAUACAACGGACACCUGCCCAUUGAAAUCAAGGCAGUGCCAGAGGGCAGUGUCAUUCCUCGGGGUAAUGUUUUAUUUACUGUGGAGAGCACAGACCCUGAAUGCUACUGGCUCACAAACUGGGUGGAGACCAUCCUGGUUCAGAUCUGGUACCCCAUAACCGUGGCGACAAACUCCAGAGAGCAGAAGAAGAUCCUUGCCAAGUACCUCUUAGAGACAUCUGGGAUCUUAGACGGAUUGGAGUAUAAACUCCACGACUUUGGCUACAGGGGCGUCUCUUCACAAGAGACUGCAGGCAUCGGGGCCUCUGCCCAUCUGGUCAACUUCAAGGGCACCGACACAGUUGCAGGCAUCGGAGUCAUUAAGAAGUACUACGGCACCAAGGACCCAGUGCCGGGCUUCUCAGUGCCUGCAGCGGAACACAGUACUAUCACAGCGUGGGGAAAGGACCAUGAAAAAGACGCCUUUGAGCACAUCAUCAAGCAGUUUCCCAACGUGCCUGUGUCCAUAGUCAGCGACAGCUAUGACAUCUACAACGCCUGCGAGAAGAUCUGGGGAGAAGACCUACGGGCGCUCAUAGAGAAGCGCAGUGCUGAUGCGCCGCUAGUCGUUCGACCAGACUCGGGAAACCCCCUCGAUACAGUUUUGAAGGUUUUGGAGAUCUUGGGUAAGAAGUUUAUUCCAGAGGAGAACGCGAAAGGUUUUAAGGUUCUCCCUCCGUACAUCAGAGUCAUACAAGGAGACGGAGUUGAUAUCAACACUCUGCAAGAGAUAGUGGAAGGCAUGAAAGAACACAAGUGGUCCAUUGAGAACAUUGCCUUCGGCUCUGGAGGGGCUUUGCUGCAGAAACUGACCAGAGAUCUGCUCAACUGUUCCUUUAAAUGCAGCUAUGUGGUCACAAAUGGACUGGGGGUGAACGUGUUCAAGGAUCCGGUGGCAGACCCCAACAAGCGGUCAAAGAAAGGACGCCUGUCUCUUCACCGGACGCAGAGUGGAGACUUUGUCACUCUGGAGGAAGGCAAGGGAGACCUGGAGGAGUACGGCGAGGACCUGUUGCACACAGUCUUUCAGAACGGCAAGAUUGUGAAGACGUACACAUUUGAUGAAGUCAGAGACAAUGCUAAGCUCAAAGAAAACGAGCUCGAGGAGCUUCUGCAGUGAGUGUAUAGCACUACUAAGCCUCCAACACCCCCCAUCCCCCCUUCCCUUUCUCUUCCCUUCACUUUUUUGACCUCUGACGUCUUCUCAAGAAAAUGAAGGUAGCGUGCACCGCUAUUACAACCUCACUCCUAAAGUCUGAAAUGUCCCUAAACAAAAAAAAUUGAACAAUCUUCACUCUUCGGUCGGUUUCCAGCAGAGGGGGAGGAGUCUGGAAAUGUUAACAAGCAUGGGAGGGGUUGAAAUGUGUGAGCGAAUGAAGAGAGAGGAAGAGUGCGAUGAUUUGAUUUCCGAAUUGGAUUAACCGCGAGUUCACGCCUCCACGCCGCUGCCCCUUAAUUGAAGUGCGGCAUGUUGCACUGAUAAAGCUGGACAUAUUGCGACAUAAAGUUGAGGAGUGGCUGCUGAUGUGCAGUGUGUGUCAGCCGACUUUCUCAUGCCGACACAAAAGCCAAUGAAAUAUGAUUGUAGGUGUGAUUAUAUAGAUAUAUUUUCUUUCCCCUCUGGCAGCUGCAUGAGGCGUGAACACACGGUUAGACAAACUGAGAACGACUUAAUGAGAGAUAUGGGGGGAAUAAAAGAUACGCCCAUCUAUUGUGUACAGAGCUGUUAAGAAAAGAAGAAAAAAAAAAUCAUGUCUGAAUCUACAUACCUUUUUUGUUUUGUAUGUGAAGGAUGCAGGGGAGGGGGUGAUAUCAUGGUGACACAGAAACUUUUAAGAUGUUCUUAUGAAGGAAUUCAUUCUCUCAACAGUUAUGGCCAGAGUACAAAUAAGUAUUAGAGGAGUACAUGAGAUGAUAUGAGUAGGGCUGCACGAUAUUAGGGAACCACGCGAUGACGAUAUCACUCGGGAAUAAAUUAAGAGCGUUUGAGCCGAUUAGGGAAAUUGACCGUAGGCAUGAGAGUGGGUGGUUAUUUGUCUCCACGUGGCCCUGUGAUGGACUGGCGUCCUCGGCGUCCUAUGUCAAGCUGGGAUUGGCACCAGCGACCUCCAUGAGAUCCAUAGAUGAUGACUGACUGACUGACAUUAAAACAUUUUUUUGGUACUUUCAUGUUUGGGCUAAUGACAGAGAUUUGUGGCACACCAUGAUCACCCACGUCUUGGCGUUGCACGUCGAAUAUCUUGGACCCUGGUAUACUCGCACGUCAGGGUCCUGUAGUAUCCCACUUCACCAUCAGGUGGCCUUUUGGAUAUGGCACCUAGAGAGAGAAAGAGAGAAGUAUGUCAUGUAUAAUAAAGGAUGUCCCCACAGUUGGCCCCCCCCCCGAUCGCAGUUCAAGCCAUCGUUUGACGAUAUUAUCGUGCAGCCCUAGUCAUUCGUGCAUUUCUGCAGUUCUGUAAACGAUCCGGCUAAAUGAUUCUGUAAUCGACAGAAAUCCCUAAACACGCUCACGGAGGGACCUCAGUGAUUGAUUCUACUUCUACUAAAUUUUAAAAUGUGUUCAUAUGCAUGUAGGUGUAAUUUAUUGAUGAGAUUGCUCCGGAAUAAUAAAGGAGACCUUUUUUUUUUUUUCACUUUUUAAUCAAUAAUUUCUGUCACAAAGUCAAUACAGUUCAAUUGUUCCUAGUUGACAGGGGAGAGUGAAAGUUUUGGAUUGUGUUGUCAUGAUGGUGAAUUCUCUUGAAACCUUAAUUUGUGUGUGUUUCACUGAAGACGACAGAAGAUACAGUGCCGUGCAAAAGUCUGAUUUGAUGUUUUAUCAACGCUACGACCAUGCAGUGUAAUUGUUGCUCAUCACUUUAUCGAAACAUGUUCGGGAAACAGGGGGUCUGUCCUACUAUUUCAUGUUGGAAAAACAUCUGCUGUGAAAAAACAGGUCUAUUACCGCUUGUAGAUGAACUCAUUAACCGCUUUUUGAUAUAUACAAGACCAACUUUCAGUCGCAUCAUUUCAACAUACAUGCCAAUGAUCUCUGAAUUUGACAUAAAGUCAACAAAGCUGGUGGGGCUUUCCCCGAGACUCUUGCACAGCGCUGUACGUUGCUCCUCCUCGGAUGAAGUGUGUUAACUGUUGUGUCCUUUUUUCUUUUUUUCUUUUUUUUUUUUUAAAGGAUUGUGUCAUAGUGUUCUUGUUGAAUAAGUGAAUCUUCCCUUUUUGACUUUACCGGCCUUUUCUUCCCUUAAAAGGACGCAGACGUCGUGAGCUUUCCUCCCUCGCGGCAGUGACAAUGACGACGACGUGUUCCAGCUGCGCUUUUGUGGCAGUCGCUAAAUAAUCACUGCCUUAAUUUACAAGCCAAGCAGAAAACACAUUUAAACAGAUGUGACCGUGGGAGUGUGGACGUGCGCGGUGACGGCACAGGAUCCACGCUGCAGGUGUAAACGGAGUUCAGUCGCACUGCCGCGUUUGUCUUUUUUUUCUCUUGCAGAACGUGGAGGGAUUUAAGCAGAGCGAGGACUCGGUGACAUCACAAAAAAAGCAAAAAAAAACAGUCAUGGCUGGGCUGCGCUUUGGCAAACUCAAGAAGCCGUAGAUAAUGCAACAAAUUUGGUUUUUAAUCCGUCAAAUUUUGUACAACGUCUUACUGCUCGACAUGACAUUGAAUCCCAAUCACUAUCACUAUAAUUUUGGGUUGUGGACAAAACGAGACGUCUGAGGACGCCAUCAUUUCCAGGUUUGGUAAAUGCAGAUCUGAUAUUUUCACGGACCAAAAAUAAGUAGUAGGAUUAGUGGAGAAAAUAAUCGACCGAUUGAUCGAUUAUGAAAACUGUCCAGAUCCCCUUAGCAAUGAAUGUCAAUAUCGGUGAUCCCGAUAUUUAGCGUCCAAAUUGGAAACCCCUUUGUUAGUGGAUGCCUCUGCUGCCUCCACUAGAGAUGACCUUAGCAUAAACACACCUGCCCCUCGACGUCACCCAACGCGAAUUGUGAUACAAUUCCUAUUCGUAUAGCUCAUCAUAUUUGCCUUAAUUGUCAUUUUCACAAAAAUCUACGUUGUUCGGAGUGAUGUUGGCGAACAAAACACAAGUUUCUCAUCCCAGAAUUUCACCACAAGGCUGUUUUUGUCGCGCGUUUUUAUCGUGAAUCGUAUAAUAGCAGUGUCUUUUUACACUUGGCCAUAUUGUGGUUUCGAUUAUUUGGUCAGCCUUACCCUCUGUCGCCUCACUCCACGCUUUGCUGCGUCCAUUUUUAGUGACGGUGACUUUGUUCCCUUCCCUCCUCACCCAUGUUGGCUUUGUGUGAUUUUUAAUUAUUUUUGACGACAAAUGUGACGACACUGACUCAGACCGAUCUGCUCUAACUCAAACAAGCGGGUGAACGCCUCCGGAUUUAUAUUUUCCUUUUCUGUUUCUCUCUCAGUUCCAGUCCAUGGUAAACACAGUUGUCCUUUUUUUUUUUAAAAUUGUUUUUGUUUUCCAAACUGUGGCGGGGGUGCUUGAUUUUACAGUUUUGAUACUUUCUCAGUUCUUACCUCAGAGGUUUUUCAUUUUGUAUGACAAAAGGAGAAAACGAAAAAUGAUGCCAGAAAAAUAUCCUUAUUUUACACAAACCAGUGCGGCAUUUACUGCCUUCUCACUUGUACAUAAAGCAACUCGUCGGACUGAAAGUAGGGGGUCAAGGGCGGGGAAGACCACCUCACCAGAUAAUACUACUAUUAUUAUUAUUAUUACGAUUAUUAUUAUUAUUAUUAUUAUUGUCUAAAUGACCAUUUUUGUACCAACAGAAAAUAUCCAAAUCCGCUCGACUGAACUGGCAGUGUGACUGUUUUUGUGAUUGUAACGCUUCUGUGUGUGUGUGAGUGAGAGAAAGUGAAUGAAUGCAUGCAUGCAUUAUGGAUGAAAGUGUUAGUGCAUACUUCCCCCCCCCCGCCCGUUAUUGUUGUUCUUUCACUUGUAUGUAUAUGUCGGUUAUCCCCCGAAUUCUCUCCCAACAACAACUGAUAUUUGAACUAACAGAACUUGCUAUAGUUGUCGACGAUACACUGAUUAAAGAGACACCCUCUCAGUUUAAAAGUGUUGUAUUUUUUAUUUAAAUGAUGGAAAUAUUGUGUCUCUAUUUGACCAGGUAAACGUCCAGUACUCAUUUAAAAAAAAAACAUGUAUCCAAAAAUUAAAUACCCGUAACACUUA